AUUUUCUCAAUUCAAAGCAAAGCAAAGCAGAGACAUCAUGUUGUCCUGUUUACCGGUACAAAAACUUAAAGCGGCAGAUCUCUGCGCUGCUACCCCUCGACAUCGACCGACUCCUUCCUUGGAAUCCGAUUCCUAAUCCAAUCUCCGAUUCCUCUCAACUUGACGGAACGCUCUCUCUCUCUCUCUCUCCCUCCCUCCCCCCCUCCCUCUCUCCCGGAAUCUGAUGUCGGAAUCUCCUUAUUCGGACUCUCGCUUUCAUGGCCGAUUACAUCCGCUGCCUUUACAGAUUUUUGACGUCCUGCCACCGGAUGCAGGGGAUUGUCCCUCUUGAGCUGAUUCCUUCUGAUUCUUAGCAGCAGCAGCCAGUUUUCUUGUAAUGCAAUCAGCUGAUGAGACAAGGAAGAAGUUGAAGAGAUCAAGGUCCUUUCCACGCACGAUGCCUGUCACUGACAACACGGCUUCACAAACUGUAGAGGACUGCAGUCUUUUUCCCAUUGAUGAAAUAGUGCAGUAUCCCUUGCCUGGAUAUGUUGGACCAAGUUCGAUAACUUUCAGUCCCGAUGACAGUUUGGUGACUUAUCUCUAUAGUCCUGACCAGACUUUAAAUAGGAAGGUUUUUGUAUUUGACCUAAAGAGCUGCAAGGAAGAGUUGUUCUUCAGUCCUCCCGAUGGUGGGCUCGAUGAGAAUAACAUAUCACCUGAAGAAAAGUUGAGAAGAGAAAGGUUGAGGGAACGUGGUCUGGGAGUUACACGAUACGAAUGGGUUAAGACGAGUACGAAGAAGAAAACCAUCAUGGUCCCUCUCCCUAAUGGGAUAUUCUUCCAGGAUCUCUCUUCUCCGAGUCCAGAACUCAAGCUCUCAAGUUCACCAUCUUCACCAAUUAUCGAUCCACAUAUUUCUCCAGAUGGCAGCAUGAUAGCUUUUGUUAGAGAUUGUGAGUUGCAUGUUCUAUAUGCAUUGUAUAAUGAACAACGGCAACUAACAAGUGGUGCUGCAGAAAAAGGCAUGACGCAUGGGCUUGCUGAAUAUAUAGCUGAGGAAGAGAUGGAUAGGAAGAACGGGUACUGGUGGUCAUUGGACAGCAGAUUCAUUGCAUUCACACAGGUCGAUUCUUCUGAGGUACCUCCGUUCAGGAUAAUGCAUCAAGGGAAGAGCUUGGUUGGUCCUGAGGCACAGGAAGAUCACCCCUAUCCCUUUGCAGGAGCCUCAAAUGUCAAGGUUCGUCUUGGGGUAGUUCCCUCUGCUGGGGGUCCCAUUAGAUGGAUGGAUCUUCAAUGCGGAGGAUCAGACCAAGUGGACAAUGAGGAUGAGUACUUAGCUCGAGUUAAUUGGAUGCAUGGAAAUGGCCUCGUAGCUCAGGUAGUGAAUAGAACGCAAUCCAAGAUAAAGCUGCUUAAGUUCGACAUUCGGACUGGGCAAGGUAAAGUCAUAUUGGUGGAAGAGCAAGAUACGUGGAUUAACUUGCACGACUGCUUCACUCCUCUCGACAGAGGGUUAGCAAAAUUCUCAGGAGGAUUUAUAUGGGCCAGCGAGAAGACAGGAUUUAGACACCUAUACUUGCAUGAUACUAACGGGUCUUGCCUUGGGCCAAUCACCGAGGGUGAGUGGAUGGUCGAGCAAGUUGCUGGCGUGAACGAAGCUUCUGGACUCGUGUAUUUCACUGGGACUCUGGAUGGACCGUUAGAGCAUCAUUUGUAUUCUACAAAACUCUUCCCCGACAGGAAUGCUCCUUUGCCUGCUCCAAGGAGAUUGACUCAGGGAAAUGGAAAACACGCUGUUGCGCUUGAUCAUCAUUUGCGAACUUUUGUUGAUAUUCACGAUUCCCUUACUUCUCCCCCUCGUAUUUCGCUCUGCUCAUUGCACGACAGAAGCGUCAUUAUGAAUCUGUAUGAGCCACCAUUCACGAUUCCAAGACUGAAAAAGCUGCAGCUUGAGCCUCCAGAGAUAGUUCAGAUUCAAGCGAAUGAUGGGACAGUCUUGUACGGGGCGUUAUACAAGCCUGACAUAAUGAUAUAUGGCCCUCCGCCUUAUAGGACCAUGGUAAGCGUUUAUGGUGGCCCGAUUGUGCAGUCUGUCUUCGAUUCGUGGAUCAAUACAGUGGACAUGAAAGCGCAGUAUCUCCGAAGCAAGGGCAUCUUAGUAUGGAAGAUGGACAAUCGAGGAAGUGCACGAAGGGGCUUGAAGUUCGAAGGGGCUGUUAAACACCGUCUCGGCUUUGUAGACUCUGAGGAUCAGGUCGCCGGGGUCCGGUGGCUCAUCAAACAGGGCCUGGCCGAAGCUGGGCGAAUUGGAUUGUACGGCUGGAGCUAUGGGGGCUACCUCUCAGCCAUGUCACUCGCAAGGUUCCCAGACGUGUACCGCUGUGCUGUCUCUGGGGCCCCCGUGACAUCGUGGGAUGGGUACGACACGUUCUACACCGAGAAGUACAUGGGCUUGCCAGCCCACAACACAUCAGGCUAUGAGUCAAGCUCCGUGUUGUCUCAUGUUGGGAAGAUGAAAGGGAGGUUGUUGCUUGUACACGGGAUGAUAGACGAGAACGUUCAUUUUAGACAUACUGCGAGGCUUGUGAAUGCGCUCGUGGACGCUAGGAAGCCUUACGAGCUGCUGAUCUUCCCCAACGAGAGGCACAUGCCGAGAAGAUUCCGGGACCGGAUUUACAUGGAGGAGAGGAUCUGGGAUUUCAUCGAGAGGAACCUGUGAAAAAAGAAAAGCGUGUUAAAAGCAUCUUUCUUGAUAAAUAAGCAAUAAAUCCCUCUCUUGCUGAUGAUCUAUUUGCUGCUGCUUGUAUUUGGGAUGGUACUUUGGUUUCCUCGAAUUUCCGCUUCUUUUCAGCAACCUACUCAUUCAUGCUUCCCUGCC